AGUCAAUUUUCAGCCAUUCUUCUUUUUUGCUUCUUUUUUAAUAUUAUUCUGUAUUACAUUCUAAGUUGCGGUCAUGUCUGAACCGGUGAAAGGACAAGAGCAGAAUAGCACACCGUUGUUUGAUUAUCACCAUAUGAAGGCUAUUCAGGAUCAUGAUAGCAAAUUCCUGGGUCAAACCAACUUGCCCAAAGACCCACCAAGGGCGCGUUCCCCUUACUUGGAGGAAGAAGAAAAAGGACGUGACUGGGACAGAUUGAUGGAUAAUCGCUUACCGGUGAUUCCUUUAUCUGCUUCCGUCAUUGAUACACCACCGGAUGGUAAUGCUGCCUAUAAGGAUGAAGUGAUCACGAAAGAACUACGUGAAUUGUAUUGCACGUUCCAGAAAUGCCUGGAUUUGCGUGAAAAAUACAUGGUACAGUCUCGCCAAAGACUGGAGGAUAAUCCUAAAAAUAAAGACGACUGGGAGGUUUAUCCACCUCCGCCUCCGCCUUCAUGGCCUUUACCAGCACCUGAAGAAUUGGCGCGCAGACGACAGAGGGAGAAAGAAAGAGAGGCAGACCCAAUUGCUGCGGUAGGCAAGGACUUUGAAAUCGAUCAUGUCAAAAUACCUGGUGAACAUGAGUAUGUGUAUGGCAUUGGAACGGACGGUUUCUAUCAAGUGUUCAAGACGGAAGAAGACAAGAACAACCGUGAACCAGCUUACAAGAUACCUAAUUGUAAAGAAUACUAUGAAGAUUUAGACUACAUUUUAACUGCUAUCAGUGAUGGCCCAGCCAAGAGUUUUGCUUUUCGACGAUUGCGUUAUUUGGAUUCCAAAUGGCAAAUGUACAUUUUGUUGAACGAGUUUCAAGAGAUGGCUGAUUCAAAGAGUGUACCUCAUCGUGACUUUUACAACGUUCGUAAAGUCGAUACUCACGUACAUCACUCCAGUUGUAUGAAUCAAAAACAUUUACUACGUUUUAUCAAAUCCAAGAUGAAGAAAUCGCCUGAUGAUGUCGUUAUUUAUCGUGAUGGAGAACAUUUGACGUUACAAGGGGUGUUUGAAAGUUUGGGAUUGACGGCUUACGAUCUUAGCAUUGAUACGUUGGAUAUGCACGCACAUAAAGAUUCUUUCCAUCGUUUUGACAAAUUCAACUUGAAGUACAAUCCGAUUGGUGAAAGUCGUUUGAGAGAAAUCUUUAUGAAGACAGACAACUUUAUUCACGGUCGUUACUUGGCAGAAAUCUCCAAAGAAGUGAUUUCUGAUUUGGAAUCGUCUAAAUACCAAAUGGCCGAAUACCGUGUCUCUGUGUACGGACGCUCUUUGGAAGAAUGGGACAAGUUGGCUAAAUGGGUGGUUCAUAACAAGUUGUUCUCGCCCAAUGUGCGUUGGUUGGUGCAAGUACCUCGAUUAUACAAUAUUUACAAGUCUUCUGCUCAUGUCGACAACUUUGGAGAUCUUUUGAGAAAUCUGUUUGAACCUCUCUUUGAAGUGACCAGGGAUCCUUCCAAACACCCUGAACUCCACAUUUUCUUACAAAGAGUCAUCGGCUUUGAUUCUGUAGACGACGAGUCCAAGAUUGAGCGCAAUGUCUAUCGCGAAGUGCCUCUUCCGCGCGAAUGGAGCGGCUCGAUCAACCCACCGUACAACUAUUACCUGUACUACUUGUAUGCCAACCUGGCAUCUCUGAAUGCCUGGCGCCAGGAACGUGGCUUCAACACGUUUGUGCUGCGCCCCCAUUGUGGUGAAGCGGGCGACACCGACCACUUGGCCUCCGCUUUCUUGACGUCGUUCGGCAUCUCUCAUGGUAUUCUUCUCCGAAAGGUACCUGCCAUGCAAUACCUCUACUAUCUUGCUCAAGUCGGCAUUGCCAUGUCACCGCUUUCCAAUAACGCUCUCUUUUUGACGUACGAACGUAACCCGCUUCCUCAAUUCUUCCAACGGGGCCUCAACAUCUCUCUCUCGACGGAUGAUCCGCUCCAGUUCCACUUUACGCGCGAACCUUUGAUUGAAGAGUACAGUGUGGCAGCCCAGAUCUGGAAGCUGUCUUCGACGGACAUGUGUGAGUUGGCACGUAACUCUGUCUUGCAAUGUGGAUGGGAACAUCGUAUCAAGAAACAUUGGAUCGGAAAACACUAUACGCGACCUGGCGUGGAAGGCAACGACAUGAGCAAGACGAAUGUGCCCAACAUCCGUGUCAAUUAUCGUUAUGAAACGCUGUCGGAAGAACUCAACGCGCUCCGACGCUAUGCCCCUGUGGAUCAAGGGGGCCAAGGGGUGGAUGUCAAGCACAUGACGCAGCGAGACAUGGUGGGUGUGGCCGGGCUGACCGAAGGCCCGCGUUUGCAGCAACAUCUCAUGCACCGUGUGCAACAUGAACCCGCAGGAGAUACCGCUACCAACACGCCCCAAGACUCGCCCGUGUUGAGUCCUUCUUUUCCCGCGGACGCAGGCAAGAAGAAGGAGGAGGAGGAGGAGACGAGUAGUGGCCACCGUCAUCGCCAAAGUAUGGAUCACCAGUUUCAUGAUACGUUUGUGGGUGUAGGUGUCAUGGCUGAAAGAGCUCACUUGUCAAAAAAGACGCAACAGCCCGAACACUAAGUAAAAAACAAAAGUUUUGAAUAAAAAAUAAAAAGGCUUGUUAAAUGACGUCAGCUCUCUCAUUGGGUUGUCCCAAGCAGCAGCCCAAAAGUGGAGAAUUAUUUUGAAUGCCCGUUUCCCCUUGUUGCCUGAG